AUGGAAACACCGGCAAUCUACUCGACCUCCUCUCCAAACGUCCCUCCAAGGGCAGUCAGUCACUCGAACAAGCAGCUUAUGAAGGCGUACUUUGACUACCAAGAUCCGACCAUGUGCCGAUUCCUUCACGCCUCUACCACGCUCAGGGACUGGGGUCGUCAGAAACUGGACCCGUCACUGCAGAGAGCUAUAUGUGCCUUUGGCCUGUCAUUGCAGGACUCAUCCGAGCAGGCCCACGCCACAGCAUCCGCGUGGAUCGUCCAAGCCCAGGAAUUCGUUCUCGGUCGCCUCAAUAGCCUGUCACUUUCUCGACUUCAGGCGCUCGUGCUCAUCAUCUCGUUUCGCCUGCGUUCGGGCCAAGGGAUACUAGCGUGGAACUUGCUCUCGCUCGCAGCUCGGCUGGCCUUUACCCUACGACUAAAUCACGAGCGAGAGGAUUUGGGAUGCAUCCUCCAGGAAUCCCGCCGCCGCACAAUGUGGGCCAUAUAUGCCAUGGACAGGAGACUGUGCGGCGGUCUCCGCGAUCUGAGCGUGUGCCCUAUCGAGAGUAUGCAAAGGUUGCGCCUGCCGUGCCUAGAACGCACGUUCGAACGGGGCAUGCCGUCUCGGGCCCAGUUCCUCGAGAGUAAGAGCACCACCGUGACCGAGUCCACAGAGCCAGUGGAAGGGACGAGUGCAGACACCGCGGCGGAUAUGGAUAUCAUGGCAUACAUCCUAAGAUUCUAUGCUACACGUCAUAGGAUCCUCGCAUACACCAAGGGUGUUCUCGGAGACAACGUGAGUCCGGCUCUGAGCCGUGACAAGUUUGAGGCUCUAGAGCGAGAGCUGGAUACGUUUCAGACGUCGCUCCCACUGGAUCUGCAGUUGAGCUCGGAGAGGCUAGAGCUCAUGGCCCACUCCCGAGAUGCUUCUGGCUACUUCCUCCUCCAUGCGGUAUGGCUGCAGGGCUACUGCGACCUGUACCGGCUACUUGUUCCAGGCGUCCGCGAAGCUGUCGGUCCUGACGUGCUGGCGGCAACGCCUCCUGACUUCCUCCUCCACUGCCAGAGGCGGUGCCUGUUCCGAGCUGUACAGAUGGUCGACAUGUGGCACCUUGUCAGUCGUCUCCGUGAAGAACAGUCGGUGGACGAGGCCUUCUUCGCCUCCUGCGUAUACCAGCUGAAGUCUGUCAUGCGUCUCGCGUCGCCUGCCAUCUACGAACGUUUUCCCGCCCUGGGCGAAUGUCUCACCGAGGCUGGGCGUCUUAUAGAGCGCCUGGGACAGAUAGACAACGACAUGGAGAUACCCGGUGAGCCUUCCACUGCGAACAGCCCGAUGAGACAGCAGCGGAACCGCCACAUGACCUCCAAGGGCUCGUAUAUACCCCGAGACCUGUCCGACGACAGUGACGGCGGACCAGAGGUGCACGACCCGGAGGGUAGCAGGGUGCCCAGUACAGGUAGAGAUCAGUUGACUCCUCACACGCGACUGGGAACGCACAAUAGCUCUGUGACCCCCGUGGAUGCGGCGAACAGUGCCAUUCCAGCAACUGCAGCAGAAUUUGGUGCGGAAUCGACGAUGCUGUAUCCCAAUGACUUUCCCGAUGACUUGUUCUUGCCGUUGGACUCGAUACAUCCCCAGAUCAAUGAUGACUAUACCGGGGAACUGGGAGACUAUGGAUUCAUCUUUAACAUGUUUACUAUGCCUUGA